AUGACAGACGAAGCUGACGACGACAAGACUUUUAUCCGGCACUCCUUCCAGGAAUGUAUGCAGCUCACGCGGGUAUCGAGCGCAAAUAGCAAGGAUGCACAGCGAUACAUGAGCCACCAGCAGCCCUGGAGGCCAGGACAGGACUUGGGAUGGAGCAUGAGCACGCAAAGGAGCCCAGAGCGCGCGAGGAAAUUUGCUCCGGGCACGUACGGGGCUCAUGUGUACGCCCAAGCAUCGUACGCAGCUUCAAAGGCAAUCAAGGACGACAAGUCUAUACAGCACGCCAGUCAACUUGCCAUUUCCUCCAUACAAGGCGUCUUCUCCCGCCCAGGCCUCCAGGACAGACCGUUUAUUUAUGAUGUGUCAAGUAUCACAGAUCUCCCUCUCGAUGAAGUGGCCUUCGCAAGCCUGACGACCUUCAAGAGGUCCACAGACACGCCGUCAGAGGUGCAAGAGCGGGACUCACCACAGGUUCGCUUCGCCGAGAUUUUGCAGACGAGAGCGCCGGAUGAGUGGGAGGCCUGUCCCCAAGCCGACAUUGAUCUCGUGCGCGAGACGUUCCCCAUGAAGGGACAUGGGUCCUUUCCCGUGUUGGACAUGUACAAGGUCGACAUGACGGGGUACAAUGCCGGCAAGGAUAUUCCGGAUCGACGGCAGCUGAUGUUGUACCGCCUGCACAAGCCAGUCCCUGAAGAAGACAUCAAUGCACACAUCCUUUGCCACGCGUACGAGUCAGAUCGAAAUGGGCUCAUUAUGCUUGGGAACCACCUCGGCUAUGGAUAUAGCCUGGGUCCCGCGGCCACGCUGAGCUACAGCUUCUUCAUUCACGUCAAUGGCGACGAGGCGGUCAUGAGAGGCGACGGAUGGUGGGUUCAGGAGAUGUGGUGGCCUCGGGUGAGUGCGGGACGUUGCAUGCAGGAGACAAGAUUAUGGAGCCCUGAGGGGAAACACGUUGCCAGCGGAUACCAGGACGGGAUGGUCUUGCCUGCGAAGAAAAGCAAGAUCUGA